AGUUCAGUGGCUGCAGGCUCUAGACCAGCUAAGUUGUGUCACUACAUUUGUGACUGCUCUGAAGACAUAUCACAAUAACUGCUGUUUAUACUGACACUUUUCCAGGCUUAACGUAGUAGCCCAUAUCGUUAGUUUGCACACGUGCCUUAAACGUCAGGAGCAUGGGACGGAAAGUCACGCUCGCGACCUGUUCUCUGAACCAAUGGUCUCUGGACUUUGAAGGCAACCUGCAGAGGAUCCUGGAGAGUAUUGAGAUUGCUAAAGCUAAUGGUGCCAAAUACAGACUGGGCCCCGAGCUGGAGAUAUGUGGUUACGGCUGCGCAGACCACUUCUAUGAGUCGGACACGUUGCUUCACAGCUUUCAGGUUCUGAGGAAGCUUCUAGAAUCUCCCAUCACCCAGGACAUCAUCUGUGACGUGGGGAUGCCCAUCAUGCAUCGCAAUGUGCGCUACAACUGCCGGGUCCUGUUUCUCAACAGAAAGAUACUACUGAUCAGACCCAAAAUGCUAAUGGCCAACUACGGGCUGUACAGAGAGAUCCGCUGGUUCUCCCACUGGAACCAUUCCAGGCGUGUCGAGGAGUAUUUCCUGCCCAGAAUUAUCCAGGAGGUAACAGGGCAGGACACUGUCCCAUUCGGUGACUGCGUGCUGUCCACGAAGGACACCUGCCUAGGAACUGAGUUAUGUGCCGAGCUGUGGAACCCCAGAAGUCCCCAUAUUCAGAUGGGUCUGGAUGGAGUUGAAAUCUUCACUAAUGCUUCUGCCAGCCACCACGAGUUGCGCAAAGCCGACCAAAGAGUCAACCUGAUCAAGUCAGCCACCACCAAGAGUGGAGGUAUCUAUCUGUACGCCAACCAGAGGGGCUGCGAUGGAGACCGUGUCUACUACGAUGGCUGCGCCAUGGUGGCCAUCAAUGGAGACAUCGUGGCUCAGGGAGCACAGUUCUCCCUGAGCGAUGUGGAGGUGAUUACUGCCACUCUUGACCUUGAGGAUGUGCGUAGCUACAGAGGGGAAGUGUGCCAGCCAAACAUGGAAAGUGAUCCUAAACCUUGCCACAGGGUCAAGGUUGACUUCUCAUUAUCCAGUAGUGAUGAUAUCUACCUGCAUACACACCAACCAAUAACAUGGCACUUUCAUACACCAGAGGAGGAGAUCAGUCUAGGGCCGGCCUGCUGGCUGUGGGACUACCUGAGGAGGAGUGGACAGGCUGGCUUCCUGUUGCCUCUGAGUGGAGGUGUGGACAGCUCCUCCACCGCAUGCAUCGUCCACUCCAUGUGCGUGCUGCUCUGCCAGGCCAUACAGGACGGCAACAGCCGGGUGCUGGAAGAUGUUCGCAGAGUGGUAGGGGAAGACACCUACUGUCCCCAGAGCCCUAUGGAGCUGUGUGGUCACAUGUUCACCACCUGCUACAUGGCCAGUGAGAACUCCUCCCAGGACACAUGCAGCCGGGCCCGAGAGCUGGCCUAUCAGAUCGGCAGCACACACAUGAACAUUAACAUAGAUAUGGCGGUGAACGGCAUUCUGGGUAUCUUCUCCGUGGUUACUGGAAGCUGGCCAAAGUUCCGCGCUCAUGGAGGCAGCCCCAGAGAGAACCUGGCGCUGCAGAACGUCCAGGCUCGGGUUCGGAUGGUCCUGGCCUACCUGUUUGCCCAGCUGAGUCUGUGGUCCCGGGGGAAGCCAGGGGGACUGCUGGUGCUGGGUUCAGCCAACGUAGAUGAGAGUCUGACAGGCUACUUCACUAAGUAUGACUGCUCCAGUGCUGACAUCAACCCCAUAGGAGGCAUCAGCAAGACGGACCUGAAGAGCUUCCUGCUGUUCUGUGUGCAGCACUUCCAGCUCCCCGCUCUCAGAGGCAUCCUGACCGCUCCGCCCACCGCUGAGCUGGAGCCUCUGACAGACGGACAGGUGUCGCAGACAGAUGAGGCAGACAUGGGGAUGACCUACUCAGAGUUGUCUGUGAUUGGACGGCUGAGGAAGAUCUCUAAGUGCGGCCCCUUCAGUAUGUUCUGUAAACUCAUCCACACGUGGAAGGAUGCGCUCUCCCCCACAGAGGUGGCCAAGAAGGUGAAGCACUUCUUCCGGAUGUACUCGAUGAACCGCCACAAGAUGACCACAGUGACGCCAUCUUACCAUGCAGAGAGUUACAGCCCCGACGACAACCGCUUUGACCUCCGACCAUUCCUCUACAAUACACACUGGACCUGGCAGUUCAGGUGCAUCGACGAACAGAUCCCGGUGAGGGUUCCGCUGCUGGUCACCCCAGCUGGAGGAAAGGAUGCAGCCUCUGAAGUGGAACCUUCUCAAACCUUUUAGUACCGUGUCCCGGAUGGCAGCAAACACCCUGAACCAAAAAGUUCCUAAGUAAAAUCAUACAACUCUGACUGGUCAAAAACACCAUUGGUUGAUUUGGUUUUUUUUGCUGCAAAUUUACUUUGUACUGUGUGCCGAGCAGGGCGAAAAAGAACUGUUGUGUGUUAAGAAGCUUUGUUCUACUUCAGCCUGUGUCACUCUGUAUCAGCUGACAUGCCAUCACUCCUGAAUUCACUAAGCAGCAUUGAAGCGUUUGAAAUCUCUCUUUUGUAUCAUGUCGUGUAAACCUAUUUAAUCGAGGCGUUUGAGGAUUUGUUGUGUAUGUGAGCAAGUGAAUCCAUCUACUACUCUUGGAAAUGGAGGAAAUGGUUUGCAACAUGAUCAUUGUUUAACAUGAGGGCUCUGUGCAGAUCAUAAUAAUAAAACAUCAUGAAUA